AUGGCUUCUGGCGGUUCGUCAGACGCCGGUCACGACCACGCUCAUGAUGAUGGCCAGCAUGUUGAAAUGAAAGAUAUGGAGGACAAGAAACCGAGCAUACCUCUCGAGGAGGACAUCAUGCAGCUUGCGCGCCUCGGUGAGAUCGCUGCCAUACAAAAGCUGUUUGAUGGCGGGCAGUUUGAUGCCACAUACAAAGACGAACAAGGCAUAACACCACUGCAUUGGGCGGCCAUCAACAAUCACUAUGCGUUAUGCCACUUUCUCAUUACCAACGGCGCAAACAUCAACGCCAAAGGCGGGGAUGCCGUCGCUACUCCCGUUCUCUGGGCCGCCAAACGUUGCCAUUACUACAUCGUGAACCUCCUUCUCGAGCAUGGCGCCGACCCUCUCCUUACCGAUGACCAAGGCUUCAAUCUUCUACAUUCAGCGACCCUCGACGGCAACGUAUACCAGCUCGUCCUUCUCCUCCACCAAGACAUCCCCGUCGAUAUACCCGAUGCCCAAGCACACACAGCCUUAAUGUGGGCUGCCUACAAAGGCUAUCCUUCUUGCGUUGACCUCUUUUUAAGAUGGGGCGCAAACGUAUACGCGACCGAUGACCAAGGCUUCACAGCCUUACACUGGGCUCUGGUUAAGGGCUCGCAAGGCUCUAUCCAGAAGCUACUCGAGUACGGGGCCGACCGAUUUGCUAAGAACAACGAUGGAAAGACCCCCGCGGUCACCGCCCAGGAGAUGAAUACAAAGAGACAAUGGCACAGGGCACUUUCGCAAACCGGCUAUAACCCAGAUGGCACGCCCAAGCAGUUUCCUAUACCCAGGAUAAAGGAUACUCGGUGGUUCAUUACAAGGUUCUUGUACUUUUUGCCAAGCUUGAUUCUUCUGAUCGCGCUGUAUUUUCUCAGUCAUUAUCCCAUCCUCAUUGGCCUUCCGCUGGCUGGCGCGAUCAGUUUUGGGAUGCAAUGGGCGGCGCAAAAGCUCCUGGCUUGGGCACCGGCCAAUAUGAGGAGUUUACAACACACUUCAUGGCUAGCAGGUAUCUUCUCGGGCACAUUGCUCUGGGUAGGUGUCGCAUAUGUCACUACAGUCCUGUCUGGCACGAUACGAGAUCACUUCUUCCUCAAUGUCUUGUUCGUAACCUUCUACUGCCUUACAGGGUUCUUCUACUUCUUCACCAUGGAUUCAGAUCCUGGUUUUGUUCCCAAGUCAGCGAGCAGGAGCGCGUCCAAAAAGGUUAUUGAUGAACUGAUGGAGCUCCGCCAAUUCGAUGAAAAUCACUUUUGUGUGACCUGCAUGGUUCGCAAACCUUUGAGGAGCAAGCACUGUAAAAGGUGCGAACGCUGUGUCGCAAAGUCCGAUCAUCACUGUCCAUGGGUCAACAACUGCGUCGCAAACAAUAAUCACCGACACUUUGUACUUUACGUUCUAUGCCUGGAGCUCGGAAUCGUAAGCUGGAUAUAUCUAGUCCUCUCCUACCUCGAAAAAGUUGACGCCCCCAAAGACGCAACUUGUACCUUCCUAUCCUCCGAUCUCUGCCAAAUCAUGAACAAAGACCCCUACACUAUUGUCCUUACCAUUUGGGCAGCCUUUCAAUUAACAUGGGUAACCAUGCUCGCCUGCGUGCAACUCCUCCAGAUCGCACGCAAUCUUACAACUUACGAAUCGAUGCGUGGCCACUUGCACGACAGAACGCCAGCAGACGCCCUCAACUCCUUCGUCACCACCGGCGAUACCUCCCAAGAUAUUGCUCCCGGCGGUAGCAGCGCACCCACCAACGGCUUCGGCUCAGGACAAGACGUCGGCGAUGUCCCCGGCGCUGCAGCGAACCGUCGUCCCAAACAAUCCAUCUGGGACCAAUGGAAACGUCUUCUCGGCCUCGACACUUUCGUCGCGACCGCCUUCCACGGCUCCCAGGGUGCUGCGGGAUCUCACCGACAUGGCCGCGGGGCCGCUGCCAGCGGCGGAAACCCCUGGAGUCGCGGCAUUGUAUCGAAUUGCAAGGACUUUUGGUGCGAUGGCGCGCCGGUUUUUAGUAAGCGCGAGAGUGGGUUCGCGAGGCUGGAUGGAGAGCGUGUGGAUUAUACCAGGGUGUAUGAGGUCCCUGGACGCAUGCGGUAUGCUAGGUCUGGUGGUGCUGGUGAGGCAGGGAGAUAUGAGGCUGUUGGUGGAGAUGAAGUUUAGAAGUCUUUGAUGUUGAUGGGGAUAGGGAGAGGUGGGCUGAUGAAUUGGUUGGGUGGAGGGAAAGCAAGUAGACGAUUAUCAUGGGAUUCGAACGGAACGGAACGGACGAGAUUAGAUGCUAAUGAGUGUAAACAUGUUUCUAUCUUUCCCCUCCCUCCCUCUCUCUUGAUGUAACAAAUAUACUUCCUCUCAAUGAAAUGUUCCCUUGCGUGAAGGAAAGGUAACCGGUACUCGGGGAGGAUCCCGGCCUGACCUUCGUUUUCUUCUUUUUCUUCUCCCGGAUCCUUUGCUCUUGCUCGUGUUUUCUCCUUCUCUCUGUGGGUUACCUGGUUGCUUGCUCUAUCCCAUCCCAGAUCUUUUCUGACUUGUACAUGCACAUGGAGGUUGGGUGUACAUGUGUGGCACUCUUCAGUAUUUAUCACAUACUUGAUUUUAUGUAACUUGAAAGGACCCAUUUUUCUACAUGUACAUACAAAAAAUGUGUACAUUGUAUACUUAGUUAUACACAGGAGGAAAUAACCCUCAAUCAGGUUUUCCAAUGCUUUCUUUCCUCUAGCAACGACUAGCCCACACAG